AUGGCGGCCACACCUCAGGGUCCUCCGCUUGCCCCCACAGCCCCCCAAGACACACGGAGGUUUGCUUUCGUCGCCUCUGUCGACGUCUCCUCUUGGGAGAUAGUGUUUGUGCUGCAUGGAUUAACAUUUACGCAGACAAAUGGACACAUCUACUUUGUAUUUAUUCUUCUGCUAUAUCUCUUCACCAUUUUUAUUAAUUUAACAUUGGUUUUUGCUAUUGCUCUGGAGAAAAUGUUGCAUGACCCAAUGUAUUUAUUCCUCUGUAAUCUGUGUUUUAAUGGUAUAAUUGGUGCUUCAUCUUUCUACCCAAAAAUACUUUAUGACAUUUUAUUUGACUCUCAUGUGAUAACAUACAUUGGGUGCUUGACCCAGGUAUUUGUAAUCUACUCCUAUAUUUACUGUGAAUGUACUAACCUGACUGUAAUGGCUUAUGACAGAUAUGUUGCCAUCUGUAAGCCACUCCACUACCACUCUAUUAUGACUACUAACAACAUGUGGACACUGAUUUUUCUAACAUGGCUUUUCUCAUGGCUGGAAUGUGGCAUCGGUAUGGGAUUGUUAGUUAGGUUACCCCUCUGUAAUAUCAAUAUCGAUAAACUAUAUUGCUCCAACUGGGCAGUGGUGAAGCUUUCAUGCAUUGAUACAACUCUGAACAACAUAUAUGGCUUUAUUCAAAUAUUUUUUCACGUUUCUCAAUUUACAUUUAUUGUUAUUUCCUAUUUGAAUAUCAUCCGUGCAUGUUUGCAUUCCCGAGCACAUAGGAGUAAAUUCACGCAGACCUGUCUGCCUCAUCUGAUUAUACUGACUAACUUCCUCAUAUCUCUUCUCUUUGAUGUGAUGUACGCUCGCUAUGGCAGCAACACCAGUCUGUUGGCCCUGAGGAAUAUCAUGGCUGUGGAGUUUCUAGUUGUUCCUCCUCUGGUAAAUCCUAUCAUAUAUGGAAUGAACCUCAGUCAGAUUCGGAACAGAGUUGGUCAGAUGUUCAACCGUAAAGUUGCUGUUUGA